AUGGCAUCAUGGAAGCCUGACCCACACUGGGACUCCAGCCACAUGAGCCACGGCAUGGUCAGGCUGAUUCAACAGCGGGAUGUAAAGCCCGGUGCCCAGCAGGUGCGUUUGAGCCAGCUGUGCUGUGGACAGUGGGCGGUGGGCAGUCGGGGUGACAUGGGCAUCAGCGGAGCCGACACCCGCAUCUGUGAGCACGCUGGCUCGGCUGCCUGGGCGUUCUGUGGAGAAGAGAAGCUGGCAGCUGGCUCCAGUGAAAAUGAGUCAGCCCAGGCCCUGGAUGACACCUGCAGGGUGGGGACCGUCACGGCAGGCACCCUGGAGAAGCUGGUGAAUCACCUGGUGCCUUCCCUGCAGAGUGGGGACCCCUUCUUCGUCCCCGCCUUCCUCUGGACCUACAGGAGGUUCGCAACCACCCGGCAGGUGCUGGACCUGCUGUUCAAGAGGUACGGAUUCUUCUGCCCUGACCGUGAGGAGGACGACCAGCUGAAGAACACCGUCUGCUCCUUCCUGGGCUGCUGGCUGGACCUCUUCCCGGAGGAUCUCUGCCAGCCCUCGGACCUCAGCAGCCUAAACCAGGUGAUGGCCUACGUGCUGCUGAACGUGCCCCGCUCGGCCCUGGCGCUCCGCGUCCACCUCCUCCUGACCCAGCUGGAGGACCCGGAGCCCAGCCAGAAUGGGGCUCAGGAAGAAGAAGCAGAGAGUGAUUUGCACAGCGACAUUGCAGGAAGUGGUGUCUUUGGCACAAGAAAGAAACUGGGCCGUGGUCCCUGA